AACAUUCAUACGUUCGACGUCUUUAGAAUCGGUUUACCUGCUACUACAUUGUCAAUAUUAAUUGUCAUUGGACAGUUUGGUGAUGUUUGAAUCGGUUCGACGGACUUUAUUGUGAAUUUUUUUUUCGGGAAAAUUUUCAUUGAAACAUCAGUGUUUGAAAAAAGUAUCAUGGAUUUAUCCGGGAGAUGGUUAAGAAUAUCUUAGCUUCGAAAUGCAAGGGACCGCUCUGAUGCCUCACAACCCCCAACAAGGCUUCCCACCUCCACCAGGACCUACCAUUUCAGACAUGGAAUCACCUCCAUCUCCAGACGCCGUAUCCAAGGAAAAAGCGAAUCGCAGCGAUUCCGGUAUAUUCUCCACCACCACAAAUACCACAAUCGAUCAAACGGAUCAUUCGAAAGUAUUCGAUAGCGGCGACAACAGAAGCGAUUGUUCUUCGCCCGAACGUAAAUAUUUCUGUCCCAUAUGCGAAAAAAUGUUGACCUCCCAACAUAAAUUCACUCUUCACAUACGAUCUCACAACAACGAAAACGAAACGCACGAUUCCGAUAAGGGCUACAUCUGUCGGAUCUGUUCCAAAGUAUUAAGUUCGAACAGCAGUCUCGAUAGACACGUUCUAGUACACAGCGGAGAACGUCCUUUCCAUUGCAAAUAUUGCGGAGAUACGUUCACCACAAACGGCAACAUGCACAGACACAUGAGGACGCAUUCCCAAAGACACGAAAGCAGCUACGAAUCCGACGGUAGCUUAGACAGCGGCAGUUCCAAAAGCACCGAAUACAACAACAACAAAAUCGAAAAGAACAAAAGAAAAAAUGAAAACGUAGACGUCGGGGAGAAGAAAAUGAAAAUAGAAAACUUCCAAUGCCCCGUUUGCGAAAGAACCGAUUUCAAUUCGGCGGAUAAUCUCGAAGCUCAUCUAGAAGACAAUCAUCCGGAUUAUCCGAUUAAAUGUAAUAUUUGUAAGGAAACUUUCACGAAUAGUAAACUUUUGAACGCCCACAAGAGCGCCGUACACGAUAAUUCGACGCCUAAACAACAACCCGUAAUCGGUUUUAAAGAUUUAACUUUCGUCGAUUUUUCCAGCGAAAAAUUCCCGCAUAUCGCUAGAAGAGAAUGCGAAAUUAAUUUACAUAAAGCUUCUGCCGGUUUGAAAUUUCAAUGCACUUAUUGCAGCAGGGCCUUUCCUUGUACGAAUUCUCUAAACAUACACGAAUUCCAUUGUAAUUCUCCUGGGACUAAAGGAAACGAUUCGAGUUUAAACGUUUCUCAACCUGAUAUAAGAAGAAUGGAAUUUUUUAAUAGAUUGAAUCUUGUGGAUAAUUCCCCGGAAAAACAAACAGUUAACGCUUUUACUUAUAACAAAUUGAAGGAACAUUUAGAUAGAGGGGUCGAUAAUAGUAAAGAUUUAGCUGAUAUACAAUCGAUUUUAUCGAAUAUUAAUUUGAAAAAAUUACAGACGAAUCAAACGGAUUUUAAUACGCAAAAAUCGAAAGAUGUUUUAGAAAACGAUUUCCAAAAAAACGAAGAGGAAGAAUCGCAAGAUGUUUUCGCUGUGGAAUUUAGAAAAAUGAAAUUACGAGGUGAAUUCCCUUGUAGAUUAUGCCCGGAAAUAUUUCCAAAUUUAAGAGCUUUAAAAGGACAUAAUAGGAAACAUCUUGUUGGUAAUAAUAACGGUACUUAUUACUGCAAUAUGUGUCCUUAUUCUUCAAUUGAUAAAAACGCACUUACGCGUCAUAUGCGUACACACAACGGCGAUCGUCCUUACGAAUGCGCUAUUUGCAAUUACGCUUUUACUACAAAAGCUAAUUGCGAAAGACAUUUACGUAAUAGACAUUAUAAAUCAACAAGAGAAGAAGUGAAAAAAUCAAUUAUUUAUCACCCUUCCGAAGAUCCUACAAACGAAGAACUUAAUAAAUUAGUAACUAAAGAAGAAACUAAAAAAAUUGUAUCUAUAACAGAAGAAAAAAUUAAUUUCUCUCCCAAAUUAUCAGAUAUAAUGAGAAAACCUGUUUUUCCCGAUUUACAAAAUUUAAAAACAACAAAAUCGUUUACGCACGAAAAUAUAACAGAUUACCACCAAAUACAAAGCGAAAACAAUUUCACACCCCCAUACCCAACGUUUUCUAAUAAAAUUCAAGUAAAAGACAUAAAUACGUUAAAAAUAAAUAAUUACGAAACUCGAUCUGAAGAAGAAUAUAUAGAAGAUGAUGAAGAUGAUGAAGAACCGUUAGAUCUCGUUUUAGAUUUAAGUAAAAAGAAACCUACGGAUUUAUUAGAUAAAGAUGACGAAGAUAAACCACAAGAUUUGACUAAAAAAACUUUACCCCCGAUACAACAACAAAUAUCCCCGAAUAUAGGACAUAUUUUCGCGGCUCAACAACUACUCAAAUCCCCCCCGAAAUUAGACGCCGCGGCUUUAUACGCCACACAACUAGCUAUAUAUAGAAGCGGUUUUCCGAUACCAAAUUGGCCUGGGUUACCUAUAAAUCCAUUAUUUUUCUCAGCGGUACCGCCUAGUUUACCCCACAAUACCCAGGAAUUGAAAGAACGUAUGCAGAGGUUCCAAUUAUGCGGUGGUUCGAUGAUAUCGGACGAAGUUAAAAAUAUCCAAUUGCAUCGUGGUUUCCCGGAUAGAUUGGAACAAAGAUCCGAAGUGGUUUAUUCCACUCCGAAAAAACCAGAAGAACCUUUAAGUUUAAAUAUCGAAAGUAAUUUUCAAGAUAACAAAUUACAAAGUCCGAUUUCGUCGAAUAAACCACCGGAUGCGAUGCAUUCCCCCAACGCCGUGAAGAUGGUUAUCAAAAACGGGGUUUUGAUGCCUAAACAGAAACAGAGAAGAUAUAGAACUGAGCGUCCUUUUACCUGCGAGCACUGUUCGGCGCGAUUUACUUUGAGAUCGAACAUGGAGAGACACAUCAAACAACAACAUCCGCAGUUUUGGUCGCAAAGACAACGCAGCGCCGUCGGUAAUCCGGGAAAGAAACCCCAUGUAGGAAUAAAACCGGAUUUUUGUGAUAUUAAUAUACCUAAUCCUAUCUACGAAUUCAACAAAUACCAAAAAUUUGACGAUACCAAAGAUGAUAAGCUCAAAUUUUCUCUAUUAUCUCAACAACUUUGUAAAAUCGAUAAUAGGAAAGAAGAAGACGAAGAAUGCGCUCUGAUUAUAGACGAGCACGAAAGUAAAAUCGAUGAAAUCGAACAAGAAGACGAAAAACCGAACGUGAAAACGUCGAAAAGCGAAGAAAAUUCCGAUCUAGUGCCCGUAUCUAGAUUAUUGGAUAACGCCUCCCAACAACAAUUUAAAGAAUUUUUUAAAAGAGAAGGUGAAGAACACGAAGUCGGAUUAGCUAGCGAAGAAGACGAGGAAGGUCUAGUAGCCAGCGGUAGUACUAGCGAAGGAAACGUUUCCGGUACAGACGAAAAUAAAUCUGAAUCAGAUGUGGUCCAGCCGGUGAAGAAAAAGUCCGCUUACUCCCUGGCGCCGAACCGCGUGAGUUGCCCGUAUUGCAGCAGGAAAUUUCCUUGGAGUUCUUCGUUGCGUCGUCACAUCCUGACCCAUACGGGACAGAAACCAUUCAAAUGCAGCCACUGUCCGUUACUUUUCACGACUAAAUCGAACUGCGAUCGCCAUCUAUUGAGAAAACACGGUAACUCGGCGACGACUAUACCCAACGACGUUACCAACAACGCCAAUUAUUUGAUGAGAAACGUACCGGAACGUCCGUUUAAAUGUUCCCAUUGUCCGAGCAGUACGUUCUCGACUUAUUCGAAUUUGAAAAAACACAUAAGUUGCAAACAUUCCACGAAUUUACAAGGCGAAGAUAUCAAAGCUCAAGGCUACGAGGCGGGCAGUUCGGAAGACGAAAAACUACCCAAAAACGAUUGGGAUAAACAAACGGCUUACAAACUUCCCGAUUGCGCUAUACAAAAUUCCGAUUUACCUUACAAAUGCCAUUUGUGCGAAGGAUCCUUCGCCGAAAGACAGGAAGCUUUGGAUCACAUUCGAGAUAGACACGUGCCCGAAUACGAGCUUCUGAUGUCGAAAAACGCCCUGGAAAGUAACGGACCCUCGCAAGAAGAACAUAUUAAUAACGACGACGACGACGUGGAAAUCCGAGGGAAAUUUCCCGAUUAUUCCAAUAGAAAAGUGAUUUGCGCUUUUUGUAUGCGUCGAUUUUGGUCGGCCGAAGAUUUGAGAAGACACAUGCGCACCCAUACCGGAGAAAGACCUUUCAGCUGCGACAUCUGCAAGAGAAGAUUCACGCUAAAACACAGUAUGCUGCGUCAUAGAAAAAAGCACAACGUCAAUUUCGAACAUGACGCUGCAGCUAGCGACGAAGAUGGUAAUAACGGUUCAUCGCCUACGUACUCGAAAAGAGAAUGCAAUGCGACGGUGAAAACGGACGAAUCCGAAGGUACCGAAAGCGCGGAUUUGAUCGGUAAUCUUUUAGGUUUAAGAGGAUCUAUUAUAGAUAAGGUAUUGACCGCAUCAGCGGAUGAUGCGGCUAAACUUUUAGGCGUUAAAAACGGCGUCAAAGAAUAAUUAUAUUUGUUUUUCUUUUUUUUAUGGAAUUUUAUAUAAUUUUCCCAUUUAAAUUUUUAAUUUUCUUUUUAUUGUAAUAGAGAAGGAAACGUUUAUGUACAAAGAGGUUCGUUUUAUUAGAAAUAUAUACUGGAAAUGUUAAUUUUUACAUGCGGUAUCAUAUACAAGGCGCCCAAACAAUUAUAUUCAAUAGAGUUGUUUCCAAAAACACAUUUCAACAUAUAAUAUUGAAUUGCGGAAAGGCUCGCACUCUACAAACAUUUACCACGUCCCCGGUAUCUAUCGCAUAACUUCUUAAUGUACCAAAUGAAUAAUAGACGCAUGGAGAUAAGUCCGGAAUAUCAGGAGGGAGUUCUAGUGUACAGUUCAAUCAGAUGAUGAUUCUUGAGUGAAGAUAUGGUUCCAUGUUUCAUUUUAUUCUCAUUUUUUAAGUUUUUUUAGAGGAAUCACAUCAAUUGGACGACCAGAACAUCCAUCAUCAUCCCCACCACGUUUAAAUUCAUCGAACCAAUAACAAAUGGUUCUUUUCGAUGUAGCAGGGUCCACUUUUGAAGCAACUGCUUAGCUUGUACAAUAUUUUCUUCAUCAAGAAUCACACACGAAUUUUUUUUUCGAAAAUAACAAUUUGGUACUUCAAAAACGUCGUAUGGGUUUGAUUUGAUUUUUUAUAUAAAUCCAAAAUCGCUGGAUUUUAUAAAAAUUACAAAAUUUUAUCUUUAUUUGGGAUGGGUUGCCUUGGGACAGCGCCUUUUUAGAUUUUGGAUAAUGAUAAUGAUUAAAAUUAUUUGGAUUUUCUAAUUUUAUGAUAAUUGAAAGUUUCGUAGUUAUCAAUUUAUGUUUAAUAAUUAGAAAAAGGUUUUUUUUUGAGAAAAACGGUUUUUUUCAUUUUUUACCAAGGCCGACAAUUUUCAACGAUUUGAAACUUAUUUUGGUCAGUGAAAUAUACGAUUUUAGACAAAAAAUUCACAAAAUAGAAUUUUUAUAAAGGCUCUGAAUGGGUCAAAAAAGGUUCAAUAGACAAAUUGAACGCACUCAAAAUAGUUUAAAUAUUCAGGUAAGAUAUGAAAUGGUCCUUUAUCUUAUUAUCUAAUCCUGAUUUUUCAAUUUUAUCAUCUGUAAGGUUUGUUGGAUUCGAUUCAUUGCGUGGAUUCCUUUUUCCACAGCUGUCUCCAUUUUUUCCUAACCUGUGUGUUUUGAUUCAUUUCUUCUCUUCUCAUUCCUCAUUUUUCUUAUUAUAUUUUCACUUUUCCUAUCCAGCUCCUUUUCGGUUUUCAAUUCUAGUUUUUUCAAGUUCGUGUUUCAUGCGUUUUUCACCCCCAUAUCAUCAUUUUUUCUGUCCAGUUUCUCCUCCUGGAUCCCCCUCUCUUGCUUUAGUAACUUGGUGCUUCAUGCAUUUCUCCUUUAUUGUUUGUUUCUUCUGUCUAACUUCUGUUUGAUUUUCCUUCCUUGUUUUUUUAUAAAAGUUCGUGUUUCAUGUAUUUUUCACCCCCAUAUCAUCAUUUUUUCUGACCAGUUCCUCCUCGUGGGUCUUCCUCUCUUGUUUUUGUAACUUGGUUUUCCUUCCCUGUUUCUGUAAAAUUGUUCUAUAUUUUUCUUUCGUAGUAAUCGUUCGUUUCCCAUCCACAUUUUUUCGGUACGUUUAUAUGAUCGUUUUAUGAACAAUAUUUUAUCUACGGCGUUCUGUUUACUGCUAUAAUUAUCGACACGCGUAAUCAACGCGCAUUUCGAGCACACAAAACGAAAUUGUACGAGGCGUGGUUAAAUAGUGAUGAUGUGAUGAAUAAUUUUAGAAAUAAUUCGAAAACUAAUUUUUUUUAUAAAGAUAUAUAAAAAAAAUGUAUAGAUACGCAUUGUUAGAUUAUUUUUUGUUGAAGAAUAUAGUACAAUUUUAUUUUCGACUGAAUUAGGUUAGAAUUUUUAGCUUCUAUACCAUACGCAUUUCCUUCUUAGAAAUUAUCGCGAAAUAUAUAUAUUUUUUUUUAAAUAAGUUUAAUUUGAAAUAUGUUAUUUACAUGUAAAUACAAAAAAAAUAUAGGUAAUAAGAUAUUUUUUAUCUAGUCACGUUCAAUACAACGAAAAAAAAAAUUAUAUGAUUGUUAAAGAAGUUGUAUCAUAAUUUUUUUAAAAUUUCGUUUCGAAUUAAUUUUUCAUUACAUAAUAUAUAUUUUUUUUGUACAUAAAUGAAUAUACGGUCUAGGUAUACCAAAUAUUAUUUAUUUCCUAUUUGUCAAAUUCCUGACACGGAUUUUGACAGACCAAACACCAUUUCUACUAUUAAAUCUAUUUGCCUUAAUUAUAAAUAUAUAUAAUAUAUAUAUAUAUAAAAACGUGUUUUGAGUAUUGCCUUUAGAUUUACGAAAUGUAAAUUAAGCAAUAUAAUUAUUUUAUAUAUAUAUAACGCAAAUAUUUAGGCUUAAUACACUUUUUAUAGUUAAAUUUAUAACCGAAAAUAAAAAAGAUUUCAGAAAAGUUUUAACGAAAAAUAAUAAAUCACAGUUUCCACAUUUUUUAAAAAUUUAUUUUGUAUAUAAACUAAUUUACAAGCACGACACUUUUCAUAAAAAAAUUCACUUAAAAUACGAUGUAUAUCCACAAAAUUCCGUUUGAUUAUUUCAUUUCGUAGUUGAAAUAAGUCGUAUUAUAAAUUGUUCAUUAGAUCUGAUUCUAUGCAUAAAAGGUCCGAGGCCUUGUGUGUUUCUUGACUUAAGGCUGCAAUACAAAACAAGGCGCAAUAUUUCUUAAUAAAAAGCAUGCGCAGAUGAAAUUUAGCUGAUCGUAUCAUGCAAGAUCUCGAGCCUGCAACAUCUUCGAUUCGACGUUUAACUCUCUUAUUGAAUUUUUAUAAGUGACAGCUAUGAUGCAUUGACAAGUGACACGUGUCGUGUCAUAUUCAUACAAGCGAUAUUUUGAACUUGCAAGAAAUUGCACGCGGCCUUUAAAAUCGAUAGUGAAUGGCUCUUUUUAAACAAGAAAAGCUUCUGUCUCCUGGAUCUUUUAUAACUCGAAGAUAAACGUCUUUUUUUCUUGUUUUUUCAUUUCUCUUACAUAUAACUUUCUAUACGUUCAGUCCCACGCCUUUUUUUUCAAAAUAUUCGAAAUUCUCAUCAAAACUCAUCUUUUCAGUACGAAUAAUAAUUAUGUCGAAUCUUGUGAAUCGAAAUUGUCGCCCAUUGAAAUUUACCGCCCUAGGCUACAACCUACUCCACCUGCUGGUAAAUCCCCCACUCAGAAUGAGUCCGGUAAAUUAACUUGAUGUUUUUAGAUGUAGAAAACACCCAAAACAGUUUCAGUAUCCAAAUAGGAUUUCAGAUGUUUCCAUUUUUUCCUUUUCUCUAUCUUUUGAUUCACCCCCUGUCAUCUUAAUCAUUGAAAGCCCCUUCUCGAUCUGCCUUUUUUGUUUUCGUGAAUCGUAACAAUAAUUUUCAAAAAGAAUUGCUGUGUUGUUAAACCACUACUGCACUACCACUAAUAUCUGGGAUCUAGUUUUAGGUAGAAUUUAGAUCAGGAUUAUACGGUGGCCACUCCAUAACCCCAAAACCGACUCCAAUGUAAAUAUGAAUUGCGUUAUAUUUAUCUUCAGGGUAGAUUCGUGCUCCUAUAGACAUUAAACCCCGUAUCCUGCAGUAACCACCUCCAUAAGCACCUCGUGUGUUUGCAGAUUGCUCUCUUAGUCUUCGGUACACUUCCCUUCUUCAUGGUGGCAUAUUUUGAUCUCAUAUGAAAACAAAACAGACCCUAAUCGAUUCAACUUCUAAUUCAGAUGAUCCUGUGCAAAACGCAGGCGUGUUUGCCGAUGAGAUAGACCAAUCGCAGGUGCUUUAAGUCUUCGUCUUACUGUCCGACUUGAUUAACGAUUCAAUAUGUCAAUGACGGCGUUUAACCUGUUGGAACUUGAACUCGAGCAAACUUUGUCUAAGCAAGGUACAUAUUUUAGAUAAGGAAUCACUUCUAGACACCUUUUGGCAGCUUUUUAACUAAUUCAGAGGUUAAACGAAUAGACUGCACGAUCGGACGCUUCGAGUUGGUGUUUGUAAUUUCUUUUUUGGCACAUUCUACAAAUCUGGGGAUUAAUCAAAUCUUUAGAUUAGAAUGGUAAAGCUCCGGGACCAGACGGCUUGACAAUCGAGACAAACGAAACCUGAACAAGUCCUGGAAUAUCUUAACGAGCUUCUGGGAAAACAAAAGUUGCCGGACCCGUGGAAGAAAGCAAAACUCCUUCCUCCUGAUAAAACGCGGAAGGACUUGAAGAAAAAGCAUCCCUAUCCCCACCAGACCGACUUGAGAGCCAAACGCUCAAAUAAAUCUGCAAUUAAGGAACUGGAAAAUAAGAUGAAGAACGGCGGUGAUAAAUUGGGGGUGGAUAUAAAAAAUGGCGGCGAAUUUAUCACGAAAACUUAAUUAAUUCAAUAAUUUUAAUGGAGUCAACUUGGGACACAUUAUUUUUGAUUUUGAUUCGAAUUGAAAUUUUUGCUGAAAUCUUUUUAUUUUAAUAAUUAUUUUAGUCAUAGUGAGAAAACCAAAAAUCAAAAAUUGAAGCUUAAAUGUUAAGUAAUUAAACGCUAUUCCCGUCGUUGCUGUGAGAUUUAUAUAAAUGUUAGUUUAAGGUAGAUUUACACCUUUAUUUUUAUUUUUUCGUGCACCUUUUUUCGAUUGUAUCUGAAAGGGAUUUUCUACACACAUUCACGCUGUGUCUUAAGAAUUGUAAGUUUGUUUUUAUCGUUGAUAUCGAUCGUUAAUUCGAUUAUCGAAAAAAUCGAUUUUAGCAAUUUUGAAAAAGCAAUUCGAGUGUGUUUUAUAGAUUUUCAAUCAUACCUAUUAUAAUAUGUAACUGUUUUGUGAAUAAUCUAAUUUUUCGGUUCAGAAUAUGUAUGCCAUAUUUAUUUGUAUAAUUCAAUUUGUGAAAUAUGUAAUGAUUACGUUAAUUUACUGGUUUAUUUUCAAUAAAUGACAAUUGAUGCUCA